ACUUGAAUAUUUUAUUUAUUUUAUAAAUUAAGUAAAAAGGAAAAUAUUAAUUUAUAUAUAUAGUAUAUAGAGUUAAUUCAUGUAAGUAUAAUUUAGUUUUUCAUGUAUAAACGUUAUUGUAGAAAAGUUUCUUAGUCAAACUUGCUCCAAAAGCUUUAUUGUUCAAAAGGUGGCUGAUGCCUGAUGGCGGCUGUUUUUCUUUUUUACUUUGGUUUCUAAUUCAUUGAAUGGGCAAAAGCAAUUGGAAACAAUAACUUGGUUUUAAGGAUGCGUAAAAAUUGUAUUAAAUAUUUAAUCCUACCAAUUACAGGAUUUUGUUUGCCUAAUCCUGGUCAAUCAUGGCACCGCCUCUAAUACCCUUCUUAUAUAGCUUUGCUUUGUAGGAUUUGAUUCAAGAAGCAGCUUCUUUAUAAUCUCCCAACGGAAUCAUGACGAGCAAAAUUGUUAACGACAUCGCAAGGUCACUUCCAGAAGAUAUGUUGUCGGAAAUUCUCAAGCAUGCGGCGUCGAAUUCUGCCGCUGAUUUCGUCAAUGCCAGGUUAAGUUGCAAGGCCUUUCGUGCUGCUUCGAAUUACGAUCAAAUCUUCCAGAACGUUUCAAUGGAGAAACUUAACUUCGUUCCAUGGCGUAGAAGCGAGAAAGUUUUGCAAAAAAGAUGCGAAGCUGCCCAAAACGCCGAAGCUUUAUAUAGGAAAGGAAUGAUGGAUUGUUUUAGUCUAAGAGAAUCUGAAUUUGGUCUCCAUUGUUUGAAGAAAGCGGCCGAGAAAGGUCACGUAGAAGCUAUAUAUACUUACGGUAUUAUCUUGAUUUGUUUCGGGGGUGAGCUAAGGGAACAAGGGCUUCGAAUUAUAUCUUCUCUUGAUCUCACGAAUUCUAGCAAAAGAAGAACAAGAAUCGUGACCAGUUGCCGUUUAAAAACCGAAAACUUUUUGAGCAAUAUGUGGGUGUACGCUGCAUUGACCGAACCCACACGAAUCAGCCGUAGUUGUGAUGGUGACAUUAGGGAAAGACCGAACCGUUCAUGUACUUCUUCGGAAGGCCAAGCUUGGGAAGCAAGCAAAAACGUCGGCUAUUGUUGCGAUCCAUGUUUUUGGGACGGUGAAGCAACUCUGUUUUGUAGUUUGCUUAGGAAAUAUUUAAUUAAUUAGAGUGCACGUAAUCUAUGCUAUUUCUUCUGUUAAUUGUAGAUACCAAACAAUAUUCCAAUUUGUGGCUCAGGUGAUUUCAAUUUAUUUUGGGCCGACAAUGAUUAAACAAGUUGCAACUUUGAUAAUGAUAAAUUUAAUAUUUUCGUGGAUUUUUGUCAACUUCAAUUAAAUUAGUUGUGCUACAGAUUUGAGUGAUGGUCCCUAGUCCCAAUGGCUGCUACGCACGUGAAUGAUCCUUUUUGUCGUUGCAGUGAGAGAUCCACUCAAAAGGGAAAAAAUUAUCUAGCCAACUAUAUCAAGGGACUGUUUGGGUAACAGACUUGUUUAGAGUAGCAGCAGCAAAGGGGAAAAAAACAAGCCCUUGUUGUUAAGUUGUUUGCAGUUAAAGCCUGUUUGGUGGUCUGAAUGCGUAUCUUCCACCUCAGUUCACAGCUGUUCUACAAUUUAGAUUCCAAUAAUCUGAGCAACGGAUCGGACAGAUAAGAGAGAGAAUUUGAAACAUGCCAAUAUAAUGUGGGCCAAGUGCUUGUGUUUCUUGACAUAUCAAAAUGAGAGAUUUCUUUUCUUUUUGAGGUAGAUGGGAGGAAUUUUAGAUUAUAUUUAAUCAAAUAAAAUGUAAUGUACAGUUAAUCCCAUGUCCAUAAACAUGCCUGCUGAACCUGGAUGUUUGUUUCCUGGAAAAUUCUGAAGUUUUAGAGUUACAGGAGCCAUAGUCCAAACCAAAUUCAAUCUUUCAUCCUUGGGAUCAAUCUUUGGUACAAUCAAAUUCCCCAGGUUCUCACCCCAGACCAAUCAUAGCCCACAAAUAAGGUUUACAAUCUAAAGAAAAAAAAAAUAAUGUUCCCAAUUUCAGGCGGCCCUUGCAAGAACUUCGACCCUAUCAGGCACAUCUGCAGGGUCAAUAUAGAAACUACCCCUCCUGAAAGUCCUUGGCACGGUUACUGUCAAGACCCCAUCUUCAUAU